GCCUUGUGCUCAGCCGCCUCCGCCGAAUGGUUGUAGACUUGUAGCUUCGUAUGGUACAGGGAAAUGAGCUGAAUGACACGGUCGAUGAAUGAAAAUACACUACGAUAUAUAUGAAUAGGAAAAGGCUAAUACACGCCAUUUCCGAACGCGUAUGCUCUGCAAAUCAAUCGCCAUUUCUUCCGCAUACAUUAUUUUCUUGCGGAGUUGACAAGUUUUCGCAGCCCAGAAGACUCACCAGACGGCUUAAACCCCCAAGGUUUCUGGAUAUUAUCAAAGCUUCAAAGCCAAAUGUCACUGGUAAACGGGGGGCCCAUCUUCGCCUCAUUGAGGAAUUUCUUCAAACAGAUAUUAGUCAGCUGGAUUGGCACCGCUCCGGUGAAGAAAAUUCAAUUGAAUUGCUGUCUAGACUUCACAGACAAGGGUUGAGAACUGACCCAAGUGUUCUAUCAAAUGCUUUGAGUUCAUGUGCGUCUGAAAGAGCUGUUAGUGUAGGAAUUCAAAUUCACUGCUUGGUAAUGGUGAAUGGGUUUCUGUCGAAUGUCUAUGUCGGGAGUUCUUUGAUAACACUGUAUGCGAAAUGUGGCGUGGCGGGGGAUGCAUACAAGGUGUUUGAAGAAAUGCCUGUGAAGAACGUGGUGUCGUGGACGGCUGUGGUUCAUGGGUUUUCACUAGAGUUUCAGGUGGAUGUCUGUUUGCAGUUGUACAGGGAAAUGAGGACCUCUGCAUUGAUGCCCAAUGAAUUUACGUUCACAAGCUUGCUUAGUGCAAGCACAGGUAGUGGGUGCUUUGGUCAAGCUAGGAGUGUACAUUGCCAAACAAUUUGCAUGGGUUUGGAUUCUCAUUUGCAUGUUGCAAAUGCACUUAUUGCAAUGUACUGUAAAGGUGGGGAGAUUGAGGAUGCUCAUUAUGUAUUUCAAAAAAUCAAUGGUAAAGAUUUGGUUUCAUGGAACACUAUGAUUGCAGGUUAUGCACAUCAUGGGCUUGCACCAAAAGCUAUUGAACUUUUUGAACAAAUGAAGGAUCAGAAGGUGAAACCUGAUUCCAUUACUUUUCUUGGGAUUUUAUCUGCUUGCCGUCAUGCAGGAUUAGUCAAACACGGUUGGUUUUAUUUCGAUUCAAUGGCUUGUUAUGAUGUGAAGCCAGAGCUAGACCAUUUUUCUUGCAUUAUAGAUCUUCUUGGACGAGCAGGGAGGGUAGAAGAGGCUCGUAAUUUGAUCAAGGAGAUGCCCGUGAAACCUAAUGGUAUAAUAUGGGGUUCACUGCUGAUGUCUAGUAGGCUUCAUGGGAAAGUGGAGGUGGGGAUAGAGGCUGCAGAAAAUAGACUCAUGCUUGAACCAUGGUGCACUGCUACACACUUGCAGUUGGCAAAUCUAUAUGCAAGCAUUGGCUUGUGGGAUCAGGCUGCAAGAGUACGAAAAGCAAUGAAAAAUAAGGGGCUUAAGAGUGACCCAGGGUACAGUUGGAUUGAGAUACGGAAUGAGGUUCAUUAUUUUAGAGUAGAAGACAGAUCACUUGCCCAAUUGAAUGAGAUUGUUCCUGUUAUGGACAUUUUGGCUGAUCACAUGAGAGAUCUUGGUGAAGAAGAAAUAGAUUGCUCACUGUGAGCUGUAGUGCCUGACAUAAUGGUGCACUAUAACAUAGAUAAGGCUGCCAUGGAUUACUCAUCAAAGAAUUGCAAUGGACAUAUUUGCUUAAUGUUAAGAGUCUCACAUUGGAAACAUAGGAGAGAAUAUAUGGGUUUAUAAAGUCAUGAGUUAGACUAGCUAAUUGAUUGGAUUUAAUCUUUUAGUGUGAUUUGACCCUCUUAGAAUAUAACAUAGUAUCAGAGCUUAUUGUUGCCAUACAAAACUCUGAUGUACACGCAAGGAAAGUGAAAGCGAAGGUCUAUAAUUUCAAUUUCAUGAAUUACAGCAUCUCCAGUAUUAGUCUGACAGCUCACCUAAAGCCUAGAAGGCUCUUCAUGUGGUGCACUUUUUUUGAAGUUUGGGGAUGAUUAACUUGGAUGUACACAGACUGGGCACCAACUCUAUCUUUGGUAGACUGGUAGCUGGUUUCCCCCUUUCUGGUACUGUACUGUGAGUUGUUGCAGUCCAGAAUGCAAAGAGCAUGAAGCCCUAAACAAAAUUGGAAAUAGUCAAUGGAGAUUGGUUGAGUUCACCCAAAAAAGGCCAGGUUCGAUUUCUACUACUAGCAAUCUCCUAUUAAAUAUAUUGCGCAUCUAUGGCAACCCAAACUAAGUUGGUGAGAUUGUUGGCUUGGUAAGCAUAAGAUUCCAAGUUCGACUUUCACUAGGAGCAACCUGUUUGUUUUCUUUGUCUGAGCCAGUCAGCUAUGGAGAACUUUAAGCUAGUUUACAUAAGCUCAUUGUGGUCCUUUGUUGAUCAAGGUUACAAGACGAGAUUUACCUAAUGUACAUCAUCAGGUAGUAGUAGUUGCAGAUUUUCCUCAUUACCCAAAUACAUUGUGCAUCUUCUUUAAAACUUACCGUACCAGUGUACCAUCCUGAUUUUAUACUGAAGUCAACAAAUCUCGAAAUGGGUAGCCGAGUGGGGUGGAGUAUGAUUCUCGUACUUGAAGAUUAUUGCCAUGCUAGUGUGAUUUCUUUCUCAUGUGUGGUUUGCAGGAUAUUAUUACAACAGUGAAUUCUAUCUAGUGUAUACUCUCGGGCAGUGGUUACGAGUUUUAUUAGUCAAUCAAAUUUUUUUAAAGAGAGAAUUGAGAAGGAAGAAUAGUAAGGUCCCAGUAGCUGAACUCCAAUACCUAAUGUGGCUUAUAGUCCAAAUGAUGAAAGCAUAUGGUUGAAGAAUAACUGAAGAUUCCCAUCCAGCCAACACAGGCUUCAAUUGGAAAAUGGAUUUCGUGAGGAGAUGGAAGGCGUGUGCAGUAGAGAUUAGGAAUUUGUUGGCCACCACUCACCAUAUCACAACCAUUUGGAAAUUGGAAUUGACAUUUCCCAUCAUUAUAUUAAUUAACCUUCCUAAUUACAUCA